AUGAUUCAAUAUAUGCAGCAGACUGCAGUGAGUCCCGGGGCCCGCCUCAGUUUUGACUCGGAUGAUUUCCUUCGGUUGAGCGCAGCAGCAUCGCCAGUUAGUCCGAGUAUGCCAUGGGAUUAUGUACAGUACACCAGAGUAGCUAACCAUAGAACCGUGUUUGACAUGGCGACCAAUUGCCGCGUCAUUGAGCCAGUCCAGGCGGUUGGCUCACCCCAAUCGGCUUGCUUCCUACCCACGGCAAACGGCGCAGUCAGGCGGCUAGAAUGCCUAGUAACAGAUCUUGAUAGUCCCCCGACACCGAGUACAGACGAACCAUCUGACUCGUUUGAGAGUUGGUCUCAUCCUCUCGUUCUCGUUGCUACCCCUACUACCUGCUCUGUCCACUUUGUCAAUCGACCACCAACCCCCCUGCUGCUGCUCCUCCUCCUCCUCCUCCUCCCCCAGUCUAUCGUCUCACCUAUUGUCUCUAGUCUACUAUCAAAGAUGUUGACCUCCGCCUCCACCGACUCAUCUCGUUCCUCUUACUCCGGAAGCCCCGUCUCCCAACAAUCUCCGCAUCACCAUGUCUGGUUUCCGCCCGCCCCUCGUCGUCGACCGGAACACUACAAGAUCCCCCGCUACUAUUCCACCCCCGUGAGGGAAGAUGUCCCCGAGUCGACCCCGCUGCAGAUGUACGGCCUGGAGCAGCGCGCCCCGUCAAUCUGCGAGAAGCCCAAGCUUCUGCGUCGCUUCUCCCACGCCCUCGACGACAUUGUGGAAGACAUGUCCCUGCAGAGCACCAGCGAGAAGGUCCUCAGCCGACGACGCCAAUCCUUCUUUGGGAUUGACGAGGAGGCGGUGAUGUCCAGCACCUCCAUCGCCAGCCCGACAAUGGACUACUACGCCGUUCCGGCCCAUCCGCAGCCCCCGAAGUCUCGCCCCAUGUCGAUUCUCUCGACUGAAGCCUGGACCCCGCCGGUCCGCCGACUCAGCCGUCGACUGAGCAUCAGCUUCUCGCGCAAGAAGAAGUUCAGACCGGGGCAGGUUGGUAGCAUCUCCCAGCCGAAUCUGAUCGGAGCUUCGACGCAGAUCUGA